CUAAAAUUGAAAAAAGUCCACAGAGUAUUAGAAUUUGAUCAGAGCCCAUGGUUGAGACAAUGCAUUGAUUUCAAUACACAGAAGCGUGCCGGUGCAAAAAAUUCUUUUGAAAAGGACUUUGUCAAGCUUAUGAAUAACAGUGUUUUUGGCAAAACUUGUGAAAAUUUAAGAAAGCGUGUUGAUGUAAGAUUGGUGACUGAUCAAAAUAAGUUAUCCAAACUUGCAAGCAAGCCAACAUAUGUUAAAAGUAAAAUAUUCACUGAGGACCUUGUUGCGUUUCAUAAAAUCAAAGAAACACUAAAACUUGAUAGACCAGAUUAUGUUGGAAUGUGCAUUUUAGAUCUUUCAAAGACACUCAUGUAUGAUUUUCAUUACAAUUACAUUAAAAAGAGAUACAAUAACAAGGCUAAAUUAUUAUUUACAGAUAAAGACAGCCUUUGUUAUGAAAUAGAAACACAGGAUAUUUAUGAGGAGUUAUGGCAGGAUAGAAAUUUGUUUGACAACAUUGAUUAUCCAAAAGACAGUAAUUUUUUUGAUUCAACAAACAAAAAAGUUAUCGGUAAAUUUAAAGAUGAAGCAGCAGGCAUGCCUAUUGUGGAAUUUAUUGGACUCAGCAGUAAAAUGUAUUCUUAUGUGAAAGACAAUGGUAAAAAUGAAAAGACCGCUAAGGGUGUCAGAAAAGAUGUUAUAAAG